GGGCGGGGGCUGAGCCCGGUUGAGCCCCGCAGCGGCCCCGCUCCGCGCCCCCCGCCCGGCUCCAUCUUGUGCGCGGCCGCCGCGGAGCGGCUCCAGACCCCACUGUGCCGUGAUGGCACCCGACGCCUGAGCCACCCCCCCACCGGGACCAGCCACCCCCCCACUGGGACCAGCCAUGAGACAGUUGUCAUCGUGGCCAUCGGGGUGCUGGCCACCAUCUUCCUGGCAUCCUUCGUGGCACUGGUGGUGGUCUGCCGGCAGCGGUACUGCCACCCCAAAGACCUGCGACACCACUAUGACACCAAACCCAUCGUGGACCUGAUGGGGACCACCGAGACGCCGUCGGAGCCCUCGGAGCUGGAGCUGGAUGACGUGGUCAUCACCAACCCCCACAUCGAGGCCAUCCUGGAGAACGAGGACUGGGUGGAGGACGCCUCGGGUCUGGUGUCCCACUGCAUCGCCAUCCUGAAGGUUGCCCACACGCUGACGGAGAAGCUGGUGGCCAUGACCAUGGGCUCAGGCGCCCGCGUGAAAUCCCCUGCCAGCCUGGGUGACAUCAUUGUGGUGGCCAAACGCAUCAGCCCCAGGGUGGAUGACGUGGUGAGAUCCAUGUACCCGCCGCUGGACCCCAAACUGCUGGACGCAAGGUGACACUGGCUGGAGGGAUGGGGACACCCCCUGGGUGGGGGUGACACACAAACCAGUGCCAGUUCAUAUCACGCAGCUGGGGACAGCCACCACAGGGGUGACCUGGUGGGGAAACUGAGGCAGGCGCCACACUGCGGGCAGCGAGCCCAGCAUCCCUGGGCAGCCCAGGGUGGGAGGUGACAGCCCCUGGGUGGGGGGACACCCAUGGGUGGGGGUGACACACAAACCAGUGCCAGCCCAUGUCACACAGCUGGGGACAGCCACCACAGGGG